AUGCGUUGCGUUUCGAAAGUGUGUUUACGUAGGCUGGUGAAUGUUUUGAGACCAGCAUUAUGGCAGGGGAACCGUUGGAUGUCAGUUACUGCUGGUACGAAGGAGAGCAUUUACAACUCAGACCAAAAACAGAUGCAGGACACUCUCAGAAAGAUUAUUGACAAGGAUAUUAAUCCAAAUGUUGAUCAGUGGGAGGCAGAGGGACAGUUUCCAGCCAAACAGGUCUUCAAGACUCUAGGAGAUGCUGGCCUUUUAGGCGUAUCAAAGCCAACAGAGUAUGGUGGUUUGGGACUAGACUAUACCUACAGUAUAGCAGUAGCCGAGGAGCUUGGUUCUAUCAACUGUGGAGCAAUACCAAUGGCAAUUUGUGUACAGACAGACAUGGCUACUCCUGCUCUAGCAAGGUUUGGAAGUGAUGAGUUAAAGAAGGAAUUUCUAGCACCGUCAGUGUCUGGAGACAAAGUAGCUUGUCUAGGGGUCAGUGAGGUUGGCUCGGGGUCAGAUGUAGCAAGUAUACAAACAAAAGCAGUAACACAUGGAGACGAUCUUGUUAUCAAUGGAGGGAAGAUGUGGAUCACCAAUGCAUUCCAGGCUGACUGGAUGUGUCUAUUAGCCAAUACUUCCCAGGGCUCUGUAUAUGAAAACAAAUCCCUUAUCUGUCUUCCUAUGGAUUUACCAGGAGUGAAAUUAGCUCGAAAAAUAGAUAAGAUGGGAAUGAGGAGCUCUGACACAGCUCAGGUAUACCUAGAGGAUGUACGAGUGCCAGCCAAAUACAUCAUCGGAGAAGAAGGAAUGGGAUUCACCUAUCAAAUGUUACAAUUCCAACAAGAACGAUUAACGGCUACAGCAGCAGUUGUGUUGGCCCUGGAGAAGUGUAUUGCUAUGACAGCAGAGUACACUAGCCAGAGGAAGGCGUUUGGACAACCCAUUCUCCACAACCAAGUGGUCCACUUUCGUCUGGCAGAGCUUGCCACAGAAGUGGAGGCUGUCCGUUCCAUGUUGUACCGUGCAGUUGGCCAGUAUAUUGAAGGUAAUGAUGUGACCAUGCUAGCCUCCAUGUGUAAACUAAAGUGUGGACGACUGGCUCAAGAAGUCACUGAUGGAUGUCUACAGUUUUGGGGAGGCAUGGGAUUCACUAAUGAGGUUCUAAUCAGCAGAUUUUACAGGGAUUUCCGUCUUCUGUCUAUUGGAGGUGGGGCUGAUGAAGUUAUGUUGUCAAUCAUAUGUAAAUACAUGGGCAUUUUGCCAAAAAUUCAAAAGAAGUCAAAAGAGUCUAGGAAGGAAAAUACAGGUUCCUGAAAAGAACUAAUCUUUCUAACUGUGAUUUUGACAAUAACGACAAUCUAUAUUUCAGUAAUAGCUGCGAGAAUUGUCUUUCAGGUUGCAGUUGUAUAUAUAUCUAUAAGGAUUUACCAGUUACUUUAAACCCUGCGGGUAACUUGAU